AUGCCUCUGUCUCUUGGUCGCGCUCUUCAUCACCGGGCGUGCCCAUCCUCUAUAGUUCUCUCCCCGCCGAUCAAACAAGCUAAAACCACCCCCGCACUCCGCAACCGCGCCGAGGCAUCUGCUCAAUGCCCUCACCACCCCCUCCUCGACGCCCUCCCACGCACCAUACACGCCGUCUCCGAAACAAAAGACCUCCUCGCCGUCAUCCUCACUGGCGCCGGCCCCAAGGCCUUCAUCGGCGGCGCCGAUCUCACCGAAAUGGCCCACCUACAAGGGCCCGCGCACGCCCGCGCGUUCAUCUCCAAGGUCUCCGCCGCGUGUACCAGUCUACGUGCGUGUCCGGUCCCGGUCAUUGCGCGGGUGAACGGGUACGCGCUGGGCGCAGGGCUGGAAGUUGCAGCGUCGUGCGAUGUCCGGGUUGCGAGUUCGCGGGCGGUGUUUGGAAUGCCGGAGGUGCGCGUCGGGAUCCCCAGCGUCGUCGAGGCUGCCUUGCUGCCCGGGUUGAUUGGAUGGGGGCGGACGCGGCAGAUGCUCCUGCUGGGGGAGAAUAUUGGCGCGGAGGAGGCGUUGCGGUGGGGGUUGGUUGAGAAAGUAGUUGAGCCUGAGAUGCUGGAUGAGGCUGUGGAGGAAUGGUUGGUCCAGCUGGAGAAGAACGGGCCGCAAGCUGUGCGCCGGCAGAAGGCUCUAAUGCGGAAGUGGGAGAAUGUGUCCGUGGAGCAGGCGAUCGAGGCGGGCGUGACGGCGUUCGAAGAGUCGUUUCAGGGGGCGAAGGGGGAAACGAGCGAGCCAGCGAGAAUGAUGGAGGCGUUUUUGCAGAGCAAAUCUAAAUCUAAGAGCUAG